GCGAACUGUAGCUCUAUUACGCGCAGAUGGGAACAUGACGAAAAGACCAUUGUAGAAGUUUUUUUCCGUCUAGUUGUAAAAGUCUCGACUGAGUCGUAUCAACUACAUGUGACAAUUUGCCGUUUUGAGCGCUGCAUUCAGCUGGUGAUGCCAUGCCGCGGAGCCACGCCGGCGAAGAUAACAACAGCAGCACCGGGCUCUGGCGAAAAAGCUCGGGGGACCGCCGAGACUUGCCGCUCAAAGAUGUGGAAUCUGGACGCAAGAUCAUGAACAAUACGGUGCGUGUCGGCGACUACGUGCCACCCGCGAGUGCGACAGGUGUGGCGGGGGACAGAAAGCAGGGCGCCCGGCUCAGUCUGCUGGGAAAGCCUCUCACCUACAGCGCGCAAAGCGGCCGUAGGAACGCACGUUACCGGCGCCUGCAGAAUUACCUCUACAACGUGUUGGAGAGACCGCGGGAAUGGGCGUUUGUCUACCACGCGUUUGUGUUCAUCCUCGUGUUUGGAUGUCUGGUGCUGUCUGUGUUUUCCACCAUCCCUGCUCAUCAGGAGUUCUCCUCUCACUGCCUGCUCAUUCUGGAGUUUGUGAUGAUAGUGGUCUUUGGUCUGGAGUACAUCAUCAGAAUAUGGAGCGCUGGCUGCUGCUGCCGCUACAGAGGCUGGCAGGGACGACUGCGUUUUGCCCGGAAGCCUUUCUGUGUCAUAGACAUCAUCGUACUCAUCGCUUCAGUCGCCGUGGUUUCAGCCGGUAGUCAGGGAAACAUCUUUGCCACCUCAGCGCUGCGGAGCCUCCGAUUCCUGCAGAUCCUACGAAUGGUGCGCAUGGACAGAAGGGGAGGGACCUGGAAGCUGCUGGGGUCUGUAGUCUAUGCACAUAGUAAGGAGUUGGUGACUGCUUGGUACAUUGGAUUUCUGGUGCUGAUUUUCUCCUCAUUUUUGGUCUAUUUGGUGGAGAAAGAAUUCAACAAAGAGUUUGCAACAUACGCUGAUGCGCUCUGGUGGGGCACGAUCACCUUGACAACCAUUGGCUAUGGCGAUAAGACUCCUCAGACGUGGACAGGGCGCCUGUUAUCAGCGGGUUUCGCAUUGUUGGGAAUCUCUUUCUUUGCCCUGCCAGCUGGCAUCCUUGGCUCAGGUUUUGCCCUGAAGGUGCAGGAGCAACACCGACAGAAGCACUUUGAAAAGAGAAGGAACCCAGCUGCUAGUCUGAUCCAGUGUGUCUGGCGUAGUUAUGCUGCUGAUGAGAACUCGGUUUCCAUUGCUACCUGGAAGCCUCAUUUGAAGGCAUUGCAUACCUGCAGCCCCAUCAAGAAAGAACAGGGAGAAACAACCUACAGUCAGAAGUUGAGUUUUAAGGAGCGCGUGCGAAUGGCGAGUCCACGUGGUCAAAGUAUGAAAAGCCGGCAGACAUCCAUGAAUGAGCGCCAGCGCUGUUCCCCCGGUAACGAUGUGGGGGGCGGUGCAGAGCUGAUGGGUGGAAGUCCAGCGAAAGUUCAAAAGAGCUGGAGCUUCAAUGACCGCACCCGAUUCAGGCCAUCACUGCGACUCAAGAGCCAAAUACGAACACCAGUGCCUGAUGUGGACCCUGGGAUGACCACAGAAGACUCUUUAGAUGAGAGAGGCUGCCAUUGUGAUGUUACAGUGGAGGAUCUGUCUGCUCCUCUCAAGGCUGUCAUCAGGGCUGUCAGAAUUAUGAAGUUUCACGUUGCAAAGAAGAAGUUUAAAGAAACACUGCGCCCAUAUGAUGUGAAAGACGUCAUAGAGCAGUACUCUGCGGGACAUUUGGAUAUGCUCUGUCGCAUCAAGAGCCUUCAGACAAGAUUAGACACUGUUGUGGGUCCUCCUCCGCGACCCUUCAGCAGUCGUGUCAGAAACUUCUCCUCUCCCUCUCUACAUUUAUAUUACAGCCAGGCCCGGAGGAAGCACACAGCAGCAGGGUCAGGCGUAGCCCGUCACUCAUGUCUUGCGACAGGCUCUGGUCCCAGCCUCAGUAGCCGUCCCAGGAACAUGACCGCUCCUGCACUACACAGUUAUUACAGCAACAACAGGAGAAAUCGCUCAGGGGUGGACCAAAUCUUGGGAAAAGGACAGAUUUCUGCAGACAAAAAAAUAAGAGAAAAACUACAUCAAGAUGGAGACUCAAUGGAGGGCUUGAGCAUGCUGGGACGAGUCUGUAAGGUAGAAAGACAGGUCAGCUCUAUCGAGUCAAAGUUGGAUUCUUUGUUGGAUGUUUAUCGCCAGGCCUUACAGAAAGGCCCCUCUGCACUCUCAUCCUUGCCCCUGUUUGAACUGGACAACAACCAGAACCAUAACUCAGACUACCGCUCCUCCCCGCACGGGCGCGACCUGGGUGGCAGUGGUAGAGAGGGAUGUGAUGGUGGCCGGCGCUCCCAUGGAUCCAACCCCAGGGGCCUGAGACUGAUUUUAGCACCGGCUGAUGAUGAUGUCCCACCAGACUCUGCCCCUCCGUCGUACCCACCUUCUACUGCUUCCCUGUCUCCUUCUCCACUCCUGCCCCCUGAGAGCCCCUAUCCUACACUGUUAACACCCAAUGUUUCCUCAAAAAGAUCCCACUUUCCUGACCUGCCGCCUCUGCCCCCCUCCUCGGGACCCUUCACCCUCCAGCUGCCCCCAGUGCUCCACCCCUCCCACUUGCAAUGCCCCUCAGACUCUGUCCCAGAUGAUUUAGAGACAGAGGAGGGCCGCCUGGGACCUUCUUUAAUAGUUAGAUCUAGUCUGGAUGUGGAUCAAGAGGAUAGUGAGGUAUCCCAAGAAGGGGUUGAAUUGCGGCAUAAGCCUGGGUUCAAGGGUGAAAGUGUGUGGAGGAGGCAUAUGAGUUUGGAAAUCAACCCCUUACUACUACUCUCCUCUAGCCCAGACCGGAGAGCAUCAGACUGGAGAAGUGGUCUGGGGAAGUCCUUGUCCGUGCACAACCUGAGCCAGGCGCAGAGAGACUGUGGCCUGUCCUCCAGACUUAACAACAGCAGCAGCAGCAGCAGUGAACAGGGCCCUGGAGAGAGCAACUGGGACGACACAGACCUGUUUAUCAGUGAAUGUAAACUGGCUCCUCAUGAAGGACAUUUUAACUUCCUGUCUCCAGGACCUGAGGCCAGCCGCUCCGAGCAGAGUGUGGAAGGCGGGGGUCCUCACACCUCAGACUUUCUCAGUCAGUCUACGCACACAGACAGGGCAUAACCACUGACAGGACACUUUCAAACAGUGGUGCAGAACAAACUUCAUCAACAAAUGAAAUGAACAGUAACAUUCAGCAUCUGAUGUUUUAUAUUUUCUUUUAGCUUUGAUAUCUGUACAUAACUUAUUUCAUAAACAAUUCAUUUUAAUACUGUUGUUCUGUAUUAAUAUUGAGUGAAAACUGUUGCAGAAUUCAACAUUGCCCAAACAUAAAUUAUAUCUAAUAGGCCAUUUAUCCAUGGGACAUGACAAAAUUUAACAUUUAAUAUUAUUUCUGUUUAACUUUUCUGUGCCCAGCUUGGUUCCUGAAGGUUAGAAGCAAAAUUCCAGUUUAAGUUAUUGCAUUAGACUAUAAAGACUUACUGAGAGCUCUAUAGGCGUAUCUUACAAUGGGCCUUUGCUAUUUAUUUAAAUAAAAUUGACAUUUAACCGUACAUGAUCAACUUAGAUAAUUUACUGAUUAAAAGUAGCUAUUUAUUUAACUUAGCCCUUGUAUUGACAAUCCCUUAUUUUUACAGAGUUUUGGGUGCAACAUUUAUCUAAUUUAAAGAGUUACAGCUACUCAUCUAAACCAGCUGGUUCUCAACCUUUUUAUUUACGAUCUAUUGAUGUUUGCAACCCCCCAAAACAAUAAUAGGCUACCAGAAAAUAAAUGCUUAAGUAGCCUUAUCUCGAAUGUUUGAUUUUAUUUUCAGGACUUGGACUACUAGACCUAUAUAAAUUAAAUUUGUACACCAUUUAAUGAAAAAUUAAUAUUUACCAUUGCAUCUGAAGGUGUGACCAUACCUUUUUAGACCAUUGCAUUUUCAGUAUUUCAUCUUUUGUGACCCAAGGUUGAGAACCAUUGCUCAAUAGAGCAGAAGUGGCCAAUAAUAUAUUUUGUAUGUGAACCAAAAAUACAUAUCAGUUUAAUCAGCCUUGUUUUUGCCAACAAUUCAAUAUGUAGCUCUGUUAAGAAUGGUCCAGUCCUGUGUUGUCACAGCAGUCUUAAUUGUUAACAUAGCUGGCAUUUAAAUUUACUUGAAUUAACUAAAAUAUUAGUAGUCCUAUUUAGCAAAAUACAGAUGUCAAUAAAGGCUUAAGUUAUGAAAACUACCCUAUGUCUUUGUGAAAAAGGUUGAUCCUGAAAAUGUGAAAAUAGUUGUCUAGGCCAAAAUGAAGAGAAAGAAAGAUAGGCCACUCAACACUCUAUACAUUAGGUCUGGGUCACUGUCUGGUCUACUCCAGGUCUAUUUUGAAUUGUACUUUUUAAAUUAUUAUUUACAGGGCUUCAGGUACCAGGCCUAUGGACUGAGGUUACUGAUGCUGGUACAAGUGUCAUGCUUGCAUCUUGGGACUUAGACUUUGUUCAGUGACUACAGAAAUAGCCUUAAUACACAUGUUUAUUUGAAAUUCAUACAAAAAUGCACGUUAUGUUUGGAAUGAAAAAAUGUAAAAAUCAUUUUAA